AUCGACCAUCACUUAUAAAUAUCGCUCCGCUUUUCCCCCGCUCCACAGCCCCCACCUUCCUCUAGAUUCUAGGGUUUCUCUCUUACAUUCAGUAGCGCUCCUCUUCCCGCUGCUUCGGGAAAUUUGUAAUUUAUACACAUAUACACACUCGCACAUCUAUUUGUACCCGUACAUUUCAUGAAUUCUUUUCAGUGAUCUCUCGCUCUGUCCUUACCAAACUUUCUUUGCUCUUUCAGUUAUAUUUUUCCUGAAUAGGUCCUCCAAAGUUGGAGAAUUUUCUCUAAAUUCAUGCGGUUUUAGUGUUCAUUUUGAAGAGAAAGGAAGAAUGCAGGUGAAGGAAUUGGAGAAAAUUGAAACUUCCGACUUAAAAGAGCAAGAAAAUUUGGAAAAAACCGAGGAAGUGGAGGCUUUGGGGGAGAAUUGUGGAAAAAAGGAUUUGAGUUUCAAUUCCGUCAUUGAUGUUUCUGGAAAAAGAUUGGAUUUUCCUCUGAUUAAUGGCGAGGAAAGCACGGUGGAAGAGGUGUAUUUGUACAAGAAUGAGUUGAAUUUGAUUCCGAGGGCUGUGGGGAGGCUUAAGGGUUUAAGAACACUGAAGUUUUUUGCGAAUGAAGUAAAUUUGUUUCCAGUGGAGUUUGCGAAUUUGGUGCAGCUAGAAAGCUUGCAAGUGAAGGUAACUGAUCCUGGAGUUAGUGGGUUGGAGUUGAGUAAGUUAGGGAAUUUGAAAGAACUGGAGCUCAGUAGAGUGCCGCCAAGGCCUUCUAGUUUCCCAAUUCUGAGCGAGAUUGCUGGACUUAAGUGCUUGACUAGGCUCUCUGUUUGUCAUUUCUCGAUAAGAUACCUUCCUCCAGAAAUUGGCUGCCUUAGUAAUUUAGAGUACUUGGAUCUUUCAUUUAACAAGAUGCGGAACUUACCAGAUGAAAUUGCUUUGUUGGACAUGUUGAUAUCUCUGAAAAUAGCCAAUAAUAAAUUGGUUGAGCUACCUUUGGGACUUUCCUCACUGCAAAAAUUGGAGAACUUGGACCUGUCAAAUAACCGAUUGACUUCCUUAGGGUGUUUAGAACUUGAAGCUAUGCGUAACCUUCAAACUCUAUAUCUUCAGCAUAAUCAGAUACGUGGUAUUCAAAUACCGUCAUGGAUAUGCUGCAAUUUGGAAGGCAACUGCAGGAAUCUAUCAAAUGACGAAUCUGCUGAGAUGGAUGUGUAUGAAGGCGUCAUCCUGGAGAUUCAUACUACUCCUUGCUCUUCUGUUGCACCAUCAAGUCAUUUGAGUGGAUUGUCACCUAGCAAUCGAUGUUUAGCUGCACGAAGGGCCAAAGGAUGGAAACGCCGGUAUAAUUUGAAAACAAAAGCUCGGCAGGAGAGAUUGAUUAACUGCAAGAAAUGGAAAGUUGAUACGAGCAGCCGAAGCUCUUCUGAAAAAUGCACGACAUGCAGUGUGUCUGUUAAUAGUGAUAAUGCCACAUCACAAGGUUUAUCUGUCAUUGCAGAUGCAGAGCUUGACAACAAAGAUAUAUUUUCAGAAGAGAAGAUACAUGGAAACUCACUUGUCGCUCCUAGAAAUGAGGACUUUACAGCAAAGAAUAAGUCUGUGGAUGGAUGUUCAUGUUCAGAAAUUGAUUCUGAUGGGACGCAAAAAGAUGUGGAGGCCAAUGGUUUGCACUCUGCGAGUGUGGUCUCUCUCUCUCAUGCUGUUGAAGUGCUGGAUGAAGGUUCAUCUUCUGAAGUAUCUAAUUAUCUACUAAAGUCAAAAAGGCAUUCAGACAAAGAUCUUGAUAAUCCCAAGCCCACCAAAUACCGCAGGCCAACCAAUGAUCCCUCUUACUUGUCACGCCAAUAUAGUGAAAUAUCAUUUUGUGGAGUCAUGGAUCGUCUGCCUGACGGAUUUUAUGAUGCAGGACGAGAUAGGCCCUUUAUGCCACUGGCUAGUUAUGAGAAAAAUCUGUAUCUUAAUUCGCGGGAAGUGAUUCUUCUUGACCGUGCUCGAGCCUUGGUGUGCCGGUUUAGGCAGAUGAACAGUUCUAUUGAUGAACAUAGAGAUUCUGCGAGCGAUAAAAAUUUGCAGACUGCAUCCUUGCUGGCUCUUUUUGUGUCGGAUCAUUUUGGAGGAAGUGAUAAAAGUGGUGUUCUUCAGAGGACACGGAAAGAUGUUUCUGGUUCAAAUUGCAGGAAACCUUUUGUUUGUACGUGUGCUACUGGGACCAACAGUGAUGCUAAUAAAACCAAUAAGCUGAGUGUGGACCCCAUGGAAGAUACUAUUUUCCGAGACAUCUGUGAGAAGGCUCUUCAAUCUAUAAAAGAAAGACGAAAUUCUAUUGUAGUUCCCAUUGGGAGUCUGCAGUUUGGUGUUUGUCGGCAUAGAGCGUUGCUGAUGAAGUAUCUAUGUGAUCGCAUGGAGCCUCGAAUCCCUUGUGAGCUUGUAAGGGGUUACUUGGACUUUUCUCCACAUGCCUGGAAUGUUGUCAUUAUAAAAAGGGGUGAGUCAUUGGUUCGCAUGAUAGUUGAUGCAUGCCAUCCCCAUGACAUCAGGGAGGAAAGUGACCCUGAAUAUUUUUGCAGGUAUAUUCCAUUAAGCCGGGUCAGUGCUCUUGUGGCCGAUUCUGAUGCUGGUCCUAAUUGCUCAUUUCCGUCUAUCUCUCUAUGUGAUGAGAUUGGAAAAUUAGCAUCCACCUCUCUGAUGCGAUGUAAUUUUGGAUCACUGGAGGCUGCUGUGAAGGUGCGAACCAUCAAUGUCACUGGGGCUUCUGCUGAUGAAGUCAAGAACUUUGAGUUCUCGUGUUUAGGGGAAGUCAGAAUGUUGAGUUUCCUGAACCAUUCCUGCAUUAUAGAAUUUUAUGGUCAUCAGAUAUCAUCCAAGUGGUCUCUGACUGAAGAUGGAAAUUCUGGUGGUCGUAUAUUACAGUCUGCUAUAUUGAUGGAGUACAUAAAAGGAGGAUCCUUAAGGACCUAUGUGGAGAGACUAUCAAGUAAUGGUGAGAAGCAUGUUGCACUGGACUUGGCACUAUCUAUUGCCCGAGAUGUGGCAUUUGCAUUGACUGAAUUACAUGCUAAGCACAUUAUUCAUCGUGACAUAAAAAGUGAGAAUGUUUUGAUUGAUCUUGACAAGAAACGGCAGGAUGGCACACCUGUCGUGAAGAUUUGUGAUUUUGAUAGGGCAAUCCCUCUACAUUCUUACUCGCAUACGUGCUGCAUUGCACAUGUUGGAGUACCUCCCACGGAUAUUUGUGUUGGGACUCCUCGAUGGAUGGCGCCUGAGGUGUUUCGUGCAAUGCACAAGCGUAACAUGUAUGGGUUGGUAAGUUCUUUCUGUGUCAGUUGUUUACUGUUUUUCUUAUUUGGCUGCCUGCUUCUGGAAUUGUUGACUUUACAAGUCCCUUAUUUUGGAUUGCCAGAAUCUGACAUCCACGACUCUCUGCAGAAGGGAGAACGGCCUAAACUGACAGAGGAACUGGAGGCGUUGGCUCAAUCUGAUGGGGAGCUCGAGACUGAAUCGGAAACCCUUCAAUUUCUUGUCAAACUGUACCAUCAUUGUACAGAAAAGAAUCCAGCUGAUCGUCCGUCAGCAGAGAAAAUCUAUAAUUCGUUGCUUGCCCGUGCAGGUUCAGUUACUGAUUCAACAAAUACGGAGCAAGAAUAGAUUUCUUUUUCAGGGGAUCUAUAUCACUUGGAUCCCAGAAUUUUGUAGCACCUACAGAGAUUUCUAAUGUUAACAUUAGGUAACUAUUGAGACCACAGUUGGGUUUGAGCCUUGAACCGCAGCAACCUACCUUGUUAAGGUAGCGUUGAUUAGAUACACAAACUCACUAAUUAUUCUUAGUAUCAGGAUUAGUCCAGAAAAACAUGAACUUCUUGACAUCCAUUUUUAUACUCUUUGUUUUCUGAUUGUAGAGUUGUAUGUACGUUUGUAUGUCUCAUUGUGAGAAAUGUAUUUUGUUGUUGACC